GGCGGAGGGGCCGCCCGUCCCCGCCCCGCCCGGCAGGUGAGCCCCAGGUGGGGUUCAGGUGAGCCUCGGGUGGGGCUCAGGUGAGGGAGGCUCAGGUGAGCCCCAGGUGAGCCCCAUCCAUGGCGUACCGGGAGCUGGUGCGGCGCUGGCACGAGGGGGUGCGGGCGGCGGACCGCGGGCACUGGGACGCGGCCCUGGAGAGCUUCGGCGCCAUCCCCGACCCUCCGGCGCGGAUCUGCUUCAACGUGGGCUGCGUGCAGCUGCUGGCCCGGCGGCCAGAGGCGGCUCUGAGGGCCUUCGAUCAGACCGUGGCGAAGGACAAUUCCCUGGCUGUGGGCUACUUCCAGAGAGGGUUGGUCCACCUGCAGCUGGAAAUGUUUGAAGAUGCUCUCUCUGACUAUCACAUGGCCUUCAGUCACUUAAGACAGAAUCCCUUCAUCGAUUACAAGCAGCUAGGGCUGAGGCACAUCCUCUGUGCCUGGGAGGUGCUGUACAGCACUGCAGCAGUGCAGUGCCACCUGCAGCAGUGGCAGGAGGCCAGAGUCACCCUAGAGAAGGCUGUUGUGUGGAGACCUGAGCGAAGAACAGCAAUCUUGGACCUGGCCCUUGAGCGGGUGCAGGACCGCCUGUUUUUAGAGCCCAUGCAGGUUCCUCUUGGGGAACUUUUCAGACCACGGAAGAAGGAAGUUGAACAGUUGGAUUCCAAAGAUUUCCUGGGUAAACCCAAGGUGAUCUCGUCCAUCAUUCCCAAUGAUGAGUACAUUGGCUUUGAGCCUCUCAGGCCUCAGAAACAGGGCUUUUAUGAACCCAGUGCUGAUGCUUUGUGGGACAGUGAGGCAGGAUACCAUCGAGUCCUGUCCCAGUAUUGCCCCGAGCAGUUGGAGGAGCCGGUGGUGAAGGGCGGCAGUUUGGUGUUUGUGCUGAGCAGGGGAGCAGAGGGCUGGGCCACAGCCAUCCACGAUGGACAGAAGCUGCACAUCCCAAGCUCUCUCCUGGAGCCUGUCUCAAGGAUGGAUAAAUGGAAGAUCAACAAUGGGAUCCCCCUUCCUCCUGCCCAGGUGCCUCCCAGCCGCCUGCAUGUGAAGCAGAAGCCAGAGCCUCCUAGGGGAGAAAAUGCCUUUGCCAGUGAUGCUGGUGCCCAGAUGGACUCCAAGAUCCCCCGGAGCCACGGAGAGGCCUCCCCGGGCUCGGCCAGGCCGGUGGUGCUGCGGGUGUGCUGCGAGUGCUCGGUGGUGCUGCGGGCGAGCGAGGCACCGGCCCUGCCGGCCCUGCGGGCGCUGCUGCAGGAGCACUUCGGGCAGCAGGCACAGCGGGGCACCCUGAGCUACAGGCACCCGGAUGGCACGGAGCUGGGGACAGUCUUGGGAGAGGAGGAUCUGGGGAGGAUGUGGCAGCAGCUGACAGAUGGCAGGGUGACACUCUACUGCCAGGACUCAGACUCCCACUCGGGCAGACCUGUUCUGUACCGGAUGCUGGCUCAACACUCUUACCUGGCACAGGGACCAGGAGACCUGGAGUUCAGCAAGGGAGAUAUGCUGGAUAUCCUUUCUGAAGUGAACGAGGACUGGCUGGAAGGAUGCUGCAAUGGCAAGACUGGCAUCUUCCCCAAAUGUUUUGCCACCCAGACCAGCUGUGGUGCUGCCUUCCUAUAGCAAACAGGAGCCUUUUCCUGCUCGACUGCACUCCCAGGAAUGGGAAACACCAAUCCCAGCUCAUUCAGGCCCCAGCCAGCCAGGGGCUCUGCUGAACCUUGACAAGGGAUAUCUCCCGCUCCCAGAUCCCAUGGGGUCAGUUCCAGCAGUCUGACAGCAUUUCCUACAGCCUGUCCCCAGACCUUGUGCUUACACUGCCAAAGAUGUGUCUGUGCAGAGCAGAGAGAGGGAUCUGCUGUUUGGCUGUCGGAGUUGUCCAUGUGGCAGCUCAGACCUCUGGGCUGGGAAGAGGUUCCUCUGGGUGAAGGUCUUCAUCCCCUCUCCCCUGUUGCUCACAUUCAGGCUGGGAAAGCUGAGCCUCACUCUAACAAAGCCAGGGAUGGCUGCCUGGGAGCAGGAGGCAGAGCUCUGUUCCCCGGGCUCUCGGAUCACACAACCUUAUCUCCACCAGCAGAGAUGCAGCAGAGACGCUGCUCCUUCAGAAGGCUUUUGGGACCAGUUUGCAGAGGGGUUAAUGGGAUAACACCGUGGGUUAGGAUCACCAUGCUUCCACAGCAUAUACCUUAUGAUCUGACCAUUCUUCAGCCCAGAUGCCUUUGAUUCUUUCCUUAAGCCCCAAGUCCCAGGUGGGGUGUUGCAGCACAGAGGAGAGGGAAUUGCGGAAACCUGCACUGCUCAGAGCAGUUCCAGGCUAUGGGAGAGCCCUGGAGGCAGUGGGGAGAGGGCUGGGAAGUGCAGCACUGACUGGUGCUGCAGGGACUGAAAGGGCUGCCGAGUUCCUGCAGCUGAGCUGGGCUGGGCUUUGCUGAUCUAAAUAAAACACUCAAGUGUCUGGAGCUGGAACCCGUUCUGGAUUUGGAGUUUGACAAAGCUGGGCUGUGUAACUUGAAUAUAAAAUAAACCCUGAGUUGGCAACUCUUAAAUCAACUUCCACUUGUGAUUUUCUGCUGAGAUAGGCCAGUAAAUACUUUUA